GAAAAUCGGCCACACCUACAGGGUUUCCUUUCUCAUGUCUUGGCUUGAACUGACAUGCCGAUGAUGCCAUUUCAGUCAAAAUAGUGGCACAGUAGGCCUAAAAAAUCUGUAGAAUGAAUGUAUUUGUAGAACUUUAACAUUUUGCGAUCGCAUGCGCUACAGCCUAUAGCCUAUCGGGAUUUUUACCUCGUUCUGACUUGCGAAAAUGAGUGAAGAAAAGGACAAUAUUUCUGAUAUGGACUUGGAGAGAGAUCUUGAGGGAGGGACGGAGAUGGGCUUUUUAGAUGAAGUUGUUUAUUCAGAGAACUAUCUGCCAUCAUACAGACCUCAAGGAGAAACAGUGUCUAAAUUGGAACAGGCGGAAUUUAACCAACACCCGGACUCCCUUUUUUUUAACGAUGGCAAGAGGCGCAUUGACUUUGUUUUGGUGUAUGAGAAUGAGAGCAAGAAGGAUGUUGAUAAAAAGCACACCUUCCAGCGGCGCAAACGAAGGAGAGAGUAUUUUGAAGACAGUCUGAUGAAGAGGGGGAUGGUGUUAGAGGCAACUCCAUCUGUAGUAGACGAUAAACUCCUCUUUGUGAAGGUCCACAUGCCUUGGGAUGUGCUAUGUACAUAUGCUGAAGUCCUCCACAUCAAACUGCCUAUUCAGGCUAAUGACAUGGCUUCUAAACCCUCACCAUUCAACUGCUUAACAAAGUACUUCUACCCAAGUGAGGAUGUCAUUGCCAAGGAGACAGAGUACUUCACCGCUCCCUUUGAAAAGAAUAGGUUGGAGUAUUUCUAUAUCAAAGACAAGGAUCAGUUCUUCACGCCUGCCAUGAGAAGCAGAAUGGCAUACUAUAUUCUCUGUCGGGCCCCAUAUGAAGACAGGGGUCACGUGAAGAAGUUUGGCAUCACUAAGCUGCUGGAUGGAGGCGUUUACAAGGCUGCCUACCCGCUCCAUGACUGCAAAUUCAAUGCCAAAUCCAAAGAGGAUGGAUGUUCCAAUGAGAGGUAUCUGCUGUAUAAUGAGUGGGCCCAUCCAAAAAGCUUCUACAAGAUGCAGCCCCUGGACCUCAUCAGGAAAUAUUAUGGAGAGAAAAUUGCUAUUUACUUUGCCUGGCUGGGAUUCUACACAAUUAUGCUGACACUGGCUGCCAUUGUGGGCCUCUGCUGUUUCAUCUUUGGCUAUAAUACCCGGGAAAGCAGCACGUGGAGCAAAGAGGUGUGUGACCCAGAAAUUGGGGGAAAGAUCUUCAUGUGCCCUCGAUGUGAUAAGGACUGUUCCUACUGGCGGCUCAACAGCACAUGUGAGACCUCUAAAGAUCUUUGUAUAUUUGACAAUUAUGGGACAUUGGUGUUUGCUGUAUUCAUGGCAAUUUGGGUGACGCUGUUUCUGGAGUUCUGGAAGCGCUAUCAGGCGGAGCUGGAGUACGAGUGGGACACGGUGGAGUUCCUGGAGCAGGAGGAGCAGCCAAGGCCGGAGUACGAGGCCAAAUGCAUUUACAGCAGGACGAGUCCAGUCACUGGGGAUGAAGAGAAAGUGCCUUACACUGCCUGUGGGAGGUGUGUGAGACUGACGUGUGGAAUUGGGACUGUUCUGUUCUGGAUAUUUCUCAUCAUAGCAUCGGUGGUGGCUGUGAUUAUCUACCGGCUUGCCGUCUUCUUUACCUUCUCUAGAAGGCUCCGUGAAGACAUCAAAGGACUGGAGCCUUUCAAAGAGUAUGUGACGCCCCAGAUGGCAACCACCGUCACGGCAUCAAUCAUCAACUUCAUCAUCAUCAUGAUCCUCAACAACCUCUAUGAAAAGGUUGCCAUCUGGAUAACCGACUUUGAGCUGCCAAGGACAAAGACAGACUAUGAGAACAGCCUGACACUGAAGAUGUUCCUCUUUCAGUUUGUCAACUACUAUUCCUCCUGUAUCUACAUUGCUUUUUUCAAGGGCAAAGUGGUGGGCUACCCAGGAGAGCCUGUGUACUGGUUGGGGUUGUAUCGGAAUGAAGAGUGUGAUCCUGGAGGAUGUCUUAUUGAACUGACCACCCAGCUCAGUGUCAUUAUGGGAGGCAAGGCCAUCUGGAACAACAUACAGGAAGUUCUGGUUCCGUGGGUAAAAAAUGUUAUUUUCCGUUACUGCAAUAAAGUGAAGUCAGAGAAGAUAAUCCCUCGAUGGGAGCAGGAUUACCAGCUGCAGCCGCUGGGAAAGCUGGGCCUGUUCUACGAGUACCUGGAAAUGGUAAUCCAGUUUGGUUUUGUGACACUCUUCGUGGCCUCCUUCCCUUUGGCGCCUCUUCUGGCCCUGGUGAACAACCUGCUUGAGAUCCGUGUGGACGCAUGGAAGAUGACUACGCAAUUCCGUCGGAUUGUCCCCGAAAAGGCCCAGGAUAUUGGAGCGUGGCAACCAAUUCUUCAGGGUGUUGCUAUCUUGGCUGUAGCAACCAAUGCUGCCAUAAUAGCUUUCACAUCCGACAUGAUUCCACGUCUGGUCUAUUACUGGUCUUUUUCUGUGUCACCAUACACGGAGAUCACCAGCAACUCCAUGGCAGGCUACAUCAACAACACACUCUCCAUUUUUAACAUCAGUGAUUUCUCAAACAUAAGCAGACCUCUUGAAGAUAUCAUUCCUUACUGGUUUAACAACAGCACCACCUGCAGGUAUCGAGAUUUCAGAUACCCACCAGGUCACCCCAAACAGUAUGACCAUAACAUGUACUAUUGGCAUGUCAUAGCUGCCAAACUAGCUUUCAUCAUUGUUGUUGAGCACAUCGUAUACCUCACCAAAUUUAUUCUAUCCUAUACCAUCCCUGAUGUCCCCUACAAGGUCAAGGAACAAAUUAAACGAGAGAAAUACCUGACUCAGGUGCUCCUCCACGAGGUCAACCUGAAGCUGGUCACCAAGAAAGUGAAGCCCCUCAUGGAUGAACUCGCAUGUGAUUUGGAGGGUGAGGACAUAGACCUGCACUUAUAAGCCUCUCUGAGUAACGGAGUAUUUCACGAACCAAGUGGAGGUUCUGUCCACAUUAGCAAGCGCUUUCCUGCACUGACAGUGGGAUUCAUUCCUGUGGAAAUGUGGUAUUACCCAGAGAGUCGAUCAGUUUACCUGUGGUACGAUUGUUAAGAUUGGGUAGCACUAACUCAGGUUAUCCAGAAAUAAAAUACAAUGCAAUUUUUUUUUAGAAAACAGGAAAAUAAUCCUGCAACACAAAAACUAUGGCACAAAAUAAUAUAGGGCCAAAUUUGAGUAUUUGUAAAAACACUGUGGCAGUUAGGUCAUUGAUAGAUGAAUGAAUGUGAGCCACUGUAUUAUAUAUUUUUAAAAAUUACUCUAGAUUUUGUAUGUGUUGAUAUUUUUUUUUAUAAAAUUCAGUUGACUAAUUCCUUGCACAUAAUUAAGAUUGUGGCUAGAAUAC